AUGCGUACACGCGGUAGGGCGCUCAAGGAUCCAGAGCCUGUGGUGGAGGUAACAUUGGAGGAGGCAAAGGGGAGCGCCAUUACUAAGGACACUCCAGCAGCCGCUCCACAAGCUGAGGAGAGUAAGGGCGAAGAGACCGCGCCCGUGGCCACAGCAGUGGAGAGCGCCGAGGCAAAAGCCGCCGACGCUACCAUUAGUGGCGAGAACGGCAACGGUAUAGCCCCUCCUGCGGGUGCUGCUGCCGACAAUUCGGGAGCAAACAGCAACAAUGGGGACGACAAGCCUCCCAUUCAAAACAACCUGGAAGGAGCGGCGGCAGUCUCUGCGGCGGAUGACGACAAGCCCACCAACGCAGUAGCAGGCGCCAGCAACAGCAAUGGCACGGCUGCUGCCACAUCCAUCGGUCCGGGUAAUGGGGAAGUAGCUGCUGCUGGCACUGCCGUUGAAAAGGAGGGAGCGGAGAAUGGAGAAAUCACCGCGGGGGAUAUCAAGGCGGGCAAGGACGACGAAAACAGCGGCGGCGAGGAAGGGAAGAAGACAGGAGGGGCGGCGGCGGGUGAUGCGGACAUGGAGGUCGAGCCUCCUCCGAAGGAAGAUGUGAUGGUGGACUACACCGACGAGUUCGGCCGCGUCCGCCAAAUGUUGCAGAGGGGGGGUACCGCGACAGAGACAGGGGGGGUGGUCGUGACGACAGGGGUGGUGGAGGGUUCCAACGCAGGGACCCCGGACGACGAUCACGUGUGA